UUAAAUCAAUUAUUGUUUUUAAAAAAAUCGUACUUGGAUUCUAUUACAGACAGACCUUUCGCAAAAAAUAUUAUAACGUUUUCAAUGUUUGGAUUAAUUUAUAACACGUUUUAUCGAUCUAUAACCGAGCGACGUUUUCUAGAUGGGAUGCGUACUAAGCAAGAAAUUUCUCUCCUAGGAAAAUGGACAGACCAUUAAGUGGAAGGUUGUGCAACAGAGAUGAGACUCGUCUAAAACAAAACUAUGUUAAAGUGAAAGCAGGCAUUGAGCCUAGACGAAUGAUAGACUUUUUGUUUUCAAAAGGAUUCCUUAACAAUGAUGAGAAAGAAUUAAUUAGCAAUAAGCAAUCAAGAGAGGAUCGAGCCGAAGUUUUGUUGCAAAGAGUUUUACAUUGUGGUCCAGGAGAGGGAUAUAGUAUAUUUCUCCAAGCGUUAGACGAAGCAGGCUAUAGUCAUCUUUCAACCCUCCUGAGAUGUCCGGGUAUGCGUAUACUUUGUGUGUAAUUUGUAAUUAAGAAAUCAUAACAAUAUAGAACAUAAAAACAAGGAAUCAAUAAAUGAAAAUCAUAUUGAUUGUUACAUUUCCAAUCAAUAUUAUAAAUCAAAGUAUAUGUCUAAAACCUAAUUAACCCACUAUAUUGAUUUUAAUGUUUUUUUUUAAAUAAUGUAUAACUGUUCUUCACUGUCAACUUUGUUUCUUUAUAUUUCAGAACAAAAUGCAAUGAACCAGGCAGCAUCUAAUGCCAUUCAUAAACCAGCGAGACAUUAAUCUUAAAAAUAAUAAUUUUAACUUAUUAUUAACCAAAUUAUAUUUUCAAUUGUUUAAUAGUCAGAAAUUGUGCAUAUUCAUUUUUGCACAAAUUUAAAAUAAAUAUAUAUGUAUCUUGUAAACAAAAACAAAUAUAUAUUUAUAUUAAAUAUUCAUUUUGUAUUAUUCUGCUAAAUUAAUUUCAAUGCAAAUCAUUAGAAAGAGAUUAUGAAGAGUAGCUGAAUUGCAACAAAUUAUUCUCAUGUCCGAGUAAAACAAAAGACUUGACAACCAAAACAAUACCAUCUCUCAGAACGGAUGGGACUUGUUAUCCUUGGAUGAAAACUAAUCUAAAAUAAAGGCAAACCCGGAGAUGAAGUACAGUAGGUGGUAUGAAAUUUGCACAUGGGAUAUUCCAACAACUUCAGCAAAGUCCAACGCAUGAAUAGAACACCAAUUAAACACAUAGUCUACUUUUGGGUACCGGUACAUUAAUAAUGUACAUGGACUAAGUUUUACCAUUUUAUCAUAUAGUCAAAGCGACUAGAGUAGCUAAAUAAAUACGCUUCUUGGUCAAUGUAUGAAAUAUUUCCUAAAUAAAUUCUUAGAGGUACUGCUUCAUUAACCUCAUUUACAUAUCAAAUAUCAAAUGCUGAAAUACUUUCUUCAGAGUAUUGUAUCUUGUAUGCAGUGGAAUGCACCCUUAAGGCAGCACAAGCUUAUGGUUCACCAUAAAUAAAUGUACGAAAUGUCAGAAAUUAACUAUGAAUUGUUCCUGCAAUAUAUUUAUUGGAAUAUACAUAAAAAUACAGAUAUAUUUUUACAUUUUACCUAUUAAUUACACAUUAAUUUUUAUUUUUAAAAUGAUGCAUUGCUUUAAAACAGUGAUGAUAUCUUUCUCUUUUUUACUGAACGAAACGUACAAUAAAUUAUACUUGUAUCAUCUUUCAAAUAAAGUUUGUAACCUCAAUGAUGAACAGUUUCUUUAUUAUUUUAUUUG